AUGUCCUCGGAAGAGCCCACAGCUUUAGGCCAUCAGCAGCAAGUCAAAGAUGCUCUGAGCAUCAAUGAGUGUUCAAGGAGUGGUAGACCAAUUGAUGGUGAGGAGAAGCUUUCCUCGCCUGAAAGAUAUAACCAACUGAUUCAGUCGAGAUUUCAUCUGUUUAGGCUAUUAAAAUUUUACUUUCUGUGGUCAAUGGGACUUGUUGGUGCCGUGGCCACUUUCAUUAGAUCAGAUGAAAGUAAAGGAAAGAAACGUGCUCUAUAUGGUAUGUUCACUUUUGCUAUGAUAUUACAGGCAUCUGAAAUCAUGCUUUUUUUGGAAACGAGACUUGAGCGGAGCGUUAACAACGAUCAAUCCUUAGGUCGUGAUAGAGCUAUAGUCCAUUAUGUUUUGAAAGAUCCAGUCUUGAGUUUCGGCUAUGUUGCGUUCAUAAGCUUUGUGUUGUACUGUGCGUUUGUUUGCCCCGUUGAUUUCAUUUGGUCGACAGAUCUCUACAUAUAUGUUACGUUGACAAUGGUCUUCAUUGAUUAUGCUUUCCGGUAUUUUAGCUCUCGCAAUGGAACCAAUCCAACAAGCAGUUCACCCCUACACGAACGGGAGUCUACUUCUACAAAUGAAGCAGAGGAGCAACUAUUGGAAAUAGAAGAUUAUGAGUUAUUAUUGGAGACGACUUUGGGAGAAAACGAUGCAGCUAUGAGAUUGGCUGAAUCGGCGUCAUCGGUCAUUGAAAACUAUAAAAUAAAGGCCAACCAGAAUAUGCGCAAGUACAAAACCUUUCGGUUUGUGUUUCCCAUCACUCUGAUGUUGAUCUUUUUAUUGAAAACGUUAUGGGUUACAAGAACGAAACCGUUGGCAAGAGUGCAUGUUUUCGUUAUGAAUGAGUUACUAAUUUCAACAUCAUUUUACAUUCUUGGGAGACUCAAUAACAAGCGCAGACAUGACAUUCUUGAUGAUUACGUUCGGGAUUACGUGCGUGUCGCCAAAAAUCAAGAAAAGAUUAGCCUCUCUGAAGAGAGGUUCAAGAAAAGAUUCAGUGCAUACUGGUACACCUUCUGUUAUACAUUAUAUAUGGCUCUCGGCAACAUUCAGGAUUAUAAUAGCUGCUUUAUCAACUUUUGUGUUGUGUUGUUUUUGAUGCUCAAAACUAACAAGGUAACAACUGGAAGCUAUUUGAGAUUCAGGACUCAGAUAAAAGCAAAUAAUAAUAGAGUUUAA